UCCCCAUUUUUGUUGUGUGCUACUUGUGACACCAGUGAAACUGCUGCAGUUGUUCACAUUCUUUCUCUUCUUAUAUUGCAUUAUUAUUAUUUUUUCUUUAAAAGUGUGUUUUUCUUUAAGGGUCUGGCUGCAGUCACACUCCGAUAUAACUUGUCGUGUUUAGCGGAGGCGCUAACAUGUCGGUGUUUUUUACGGCUUUGUAGCGCUCUUUGAGAAGGAGGUCUUCGUCGUCAGGCCUGUUCGGGUUAUUUCCAUCACUGGACUGGCCUGGUCCCGACACAGAAAUGUCACUGGACGACUACGAGAGGCAUUUCGACUCGCUAAAUUCAGAUUUGGGCAGCGGCUCGGUGGUCAGCGAGCGAUCCUCGUCGGGGACGUUUAAUGGCGAAGAGGAAAAGCUGCAUUACAUUCCGAUCCGGAUCCUCGGGAGGGGGGCGUUCGGUGAAGCCAUUCUGUACAGAAGAACAGAGGACAACUCUCUGGUGGUGUGGAAGGAAGUGGACUUGAACUCGCUUUCGGAAAAGGAGCGAAGGGAUGUCAUGAACGAAAUAAAAAUCCUCUCCAUUCUGGAGCACAACAACAUUAUUGCCUACUUCAACCACUUCAUGGAUAAAAAUACACUUCUUAUUGAGUUGGAAUAUUGCAAUGGAGGAAAUCUAUACGAUAAAAUCAACCAGCAGAAGGGGAAGCUUUUCAGUGAAGAGGUGGUCAUAUGGUACCUGUACCAAAUUGCUUCAGCAGUGGCCCAUAUUCACAAAGCUGGGAUUUUACACAGAGAUAUCAAAACAUUGAACAUCUUCCUGACUAAGAGCGACCUCAUCAAACUGGGCGACUACGGCCUUGCAAAGAAGCUCGACUCUGAGUUUUCAAUGGCAGAGACUUGUGUUGGAACUCCAUAUUACAUGUCACCUGAAUUGUGCCAGGGGGCGAAGUACAACUUCAAAUCGGACAUCUGGGCUAUGGGCUGCGUACUUUCAGAAGUCUUAACUCUUACAAGAACAUUUGAUGCCACGAACCCUCUGAACCUCUGUGUGAAAAUCGUCCAGGGCAACUGGACUAUGGAAGUGAACUCUAACGUUUAUUCACCCGCAUUGAUCAAGCUUGUGUACGAAUGUCUCGAUCAAGAUCCUGCAAAAAGGCCCACAGCUGAGCAAAUUCUCAACCAGCCGUUCAUCUCCUGCUGCAGACAGGAGCUUGAGGAACAAGUUGCGCUGCUGAAUUUGGCAAUGAAGAAACCAAAGCUAACGAUGGUGACUGAGACCCCAGUAGCCGUCGUGACCACACGCUCGAGGGAAGUGUACUUCUGGGGUGGGGGAAAGUUUACCCCCCAGAAGAUGGACACGUUUAAAGGGGGCAGCAGUGCGCAACAUGUGUGUGCAGGAGAGAGUCACUUUGCAGUGGUGUCUGUGGAAAAAGAGCUGUACACAUGGGCUAAUGUACAAGGCGGGGCCAAGAUGGUGGGCCAGCUGGGACACGGGGACCAGGCAUCAUACAGACAACCGAAGAAGGUUGAGACGCUCCAAGGAAAGGCCAUCCGUCAGGUGGCAUGUGGGGCGGACUUUACCGCCUGCAUAACUGAUGAGGGCCAGAUGUACAUGUUUGGGUCUGAUUAUUACGGCUGUAUUGGGAUUGAGCGAGCGAAGGGUAUGGAGGUUUUGGAGCCAGUGCCCCUGGAGUUUUUUGAGGAACGACCCAUCUACCACGUUUCAUGUGGCGACAAUCAUGUGGUGGUUUUGACUCAGAGUGGGGAGAUCUACUCCUGGGGCUGUGGAGAAUACGGGCGUCUUGGGUUGGAAUGUGAAGAUGACUUUUCUACACCAAUGCAAGUUGACAUCCCCAAAGGUGCCACCAUCUCUUCUGUAUCAUGUGGCAGCGAUGGCACCUUCUUUUUGACAGAAACAGGCAAAGUCCUGGCAUGUGGAAACAAUGAAUUCAACAAGUUGGGUUUGAACCAGAGUAUUUCUGGUAUCAAAAACCACCCUGGAGAGACCUACCAGGGGAUCCCGUACACCACCACACUCACCUUGGUUAAGCAGCUGUCACGGUUCAAGAUUCAGGUCAUAGCUCCAGGGAAGACCCACACUGCUGCUAUUGAUGGACGCGGACGAUUGAUCACCUUUGGUUGCAACAAGUUUGGACAGCUGGGUGUAAAGGACUUCAAGAAACACCAAGGAGUCCAAGUCCUUGUUGGUCCCUUUGGAGGAAAGAUUGUGAACAAAGUGUCUUGUGGAGACGGUUUUACCAUUGCAGCAACUGAAGACAAUCACAUCUUCGCAUGGGGAAAUGCAGGAAAUGGCCGACUUGGAAUGCCUGCCGACAAGGGGUUUGGCUCUGAGGUUUGUCCUGCCAUGCCAAGGCCCAUCUUUGGCUCGCUCCACCAUGUGCCGGACCUCUCCUGUCGUGGAUGGCACACCAUUAUUAUAAUGGAGAAAGUGCUCAACUCCAAGACAAUUCGCUCUAACAGCAGUGGAGUGUCUAUAGGAUUGGGUCAGGAAGCAUCUACAUCCACAGUAGAUAUGGAAAUGGAACCCGGUUCAGAGACCGAAUGUCGUGACAGGGGCCUUGGAGGUACUCUGGAAGUUGAUACUGAAGAGUGCCUCAUGAAAACACCGAUGAUGUCCAUGGCAAACCAGACUGGUGACAGCUCUUGCCCUCUUUGGCUUCGAAAGGAGCUUGAGGAUGCAGAGUUCAUCCCGAUGCCAGAAAAUUCCCAACCAUUCACACCUGACCCGCCCAACUCUUACACCAAGAGCACCACCCUCCCUUAUGAAGAUCUGCGAGAUCUGAAAGCUGCUGCAGCAGCAGUGGGCAGUAAGAAAGACCUGUCGACUACAAGAAUGAGUUCUGACAAAUUGAACGGACUGGAGACGCCUGAAGUCUGCAGAAGAGGGGACUCAGGGUCAUGCUGCUCAGCGAGUAACGAGGUGGAGCAGCUUCGAGAGAUGGUAGCUCGUCAAGAGAUCAGGAUCCAGAUGCUGGAGAAGCAGAUCAGUGAGCAGAGGAAGGAGAACGAGCGACUCUGGGCGGCGGUAAACCGUUUGGCACGACGAGAACCCGAAUGUGAUGAUAAUGGAAACCAGUGCUCUGAACGCAUGAGCCACGGGGGGCAGGUCUGCAGGGGCAGGUGUCUGAGACCUACCUGAUCAUAACACAACAUACAAGCUGCAAAUCUGCUACCAGGUUCAGACAGGUUUAGCGCAGCAUUAUGCUCGCUCCAGUUACAUGUCGAACAGAGUAUUGCAUAAGUAACACCGUUACAUCGCGCACGUUCUCAUA